CGUCUUGGGUGGUUGGCUGGCCGCCGUCUUGGGUGGUUAGUUCGCCGGAGUUGGUCAUGGCGAGCGUGUGUUUGCGGAAGAGGAUCGAAUAUCUGAUACCAUGGAGAUUAAUAGAGUGUUUUCAUUCCUUGUAUUGAGAGUACAUGGAGGGGGGUACAUAUAGAGUUGCUGGCGCUACAACAUCUGCGACGAGGAGAUGAUCGUGGCCUUGAUCGUGGGAGGUGAGGGCAGACCGAGUCCACACUCUAACAGAUUCCGCAGACGUGCUCGCCCCGGUAGGCAUCCCGGGAUGCGUGGACCGUCUGUACGCUCUGAUGGAGGACGGUGCCGCCCCGCCCGGCCUCUCCUCCGCGGCAGGGGCGCCGCGGCGCGGGUGGUGGGUGGACAAGGACGACGAAGACGCGGUGUACCUGACGGUGCUGAUGCUGGGGCUCGGGAAGGAACGCGUGAAGGUGUGGGCGGAGCGGAACAUCCUGGUGAUCAAGGGCGGGGGCGAGAAGGCGCACCGGAAAGGCGACAGCAACCCCGCGCUGUCAAGGUACAGUCACCGCAUCGAGAUGCCCGCUGGCGAGUACAAGAUGGACAAGAUCAAGGCCGAGAUGAAGAACUUCGUGCUGAAGGUGACCGUGCCCAAACUGAAGGAGGAGGAGCGCAUGGACGUGUUCCAGGUGACGAUCGAGUAUGGAGGCGAGUCGAGUAGUCGUAGUGGUAGUAGUACUGAUGGAAGACGGAUCGAGUCUAGUAGUGGUAGUGGUAGUGUUCAUGGAGGAUGGCCGGCGCGAGAGGAUGAGAGAUGCCUUGUUGGUGUGGUGACGUUUGGUGUCUUUCUGCCUUGUUUUGCUUCGUCUAUCGUCUUGGAUCGUGGUUUCUGAGUUCUGAUCGACUGGUGGUGAAAUUGGUCGGGAACUCUGU